AAAAUAAUAAACAAACAAACAUGCCCAGUAAUUUUCUAAUUUGUUCUGACAAUCACAUCACCACCAACCCACUCCGCCACUGGUGUCACCCAACCGGAAAAUCCAAGCGUCAAGUGCGGGAUGCGUUAGAGAGGGGGAGAGGGAGAGAGAGCGAGGCGAUAGCAAUGGCGGUGGCACUACGGAGGCUCUGCUCUUGCGUCAAUAAGCCUCUUCGGCCUCUACCUAAUAGCGGUUCCCUCUAUUAUAUGUCUUCUCUGCCGAUCGAAGCAGUUACCGAGAAAGAGAACCCUCGCAUCACUUGGACAAAGCAAUUGAAUGCUCCACUUGAAGAGGUGGAUCCAGAAGUCGCUGACAUCAUUGAACUUGAGAAAGCUAGGCAAUGGAAGGGGCUUGAACUGAUACCAUCCGAGAAUUUCACAUCAGUGUCAGUACUGCAAGCAGUUGGGUCGGUCAUGACCAACAAAUACAGUGAAGGGUAUCCUGGUGCUAGAUACUAUGGAGGAAAUGAGUACAUUGACAUGGCAGAGUCCCUAUGUCAAAGGCGUGCUUUGGAAGCUUUCGGGUUGGAUCCUGCAAAAUGGGGAGUCAACGUGCAGUCCUUAUCUGGAUCUCCCGCUAACUUUCAAGUUUAUACUGCACUAUUGAAACCUCAUGAGAGAAUCAUGGCCCUUGAUCUUCCUCAUGGUGGACAUCUUUCACAUGGAUAUCAGACUGACACGAAAAAGAUAUCUGCUGUCUCAAUUUUUUUUGAGACGAUGCCAUACAGAUUGGACGAGAGCACUGGCUAUAUUGACUAUGACCAGUUGGAGAGGAGUGCCACACUCUUUAGGCCAAAAUUAAUCGUUGCCGGUGCGAGUGCUUAUGCACGCCUCUAUGAUUAUGCACGUAUCCGCAAGGUUUGUGACAAGCAGAAAGCCGUCCUGUUGGCAGACAUGGCCCACAUAAGUGGGUUGGUUGCAGCUGGUGUCAUCCCUUCUCCUUUUGAAUAUGCUGAUGUCGUAACAACUACAACACAUAAGUCACUUCGUGGUCCACGUGGGGCGAUGAUCUUUUUCAGAAAAGGGGUGAAAGAGAUAAACAAACAAGGGCAAGAAGUGAUGUAUGACUAUGAAGACAAAAUCAAUCAAGCUGUCUUUCCUGGACUUCAAGGAGGCCCCCACAAUCACACUAUUUCUGGUUUGGCCGUUGCACUAAAGCAGGCAAUGACACCAGAGUACAAGGCUUACCAAGAGCAAGUUCUUAGUAAUUGCUCAAAAUUUGCUGAGAGUUUGUUGGAGAAGGGCUAUGACCUUGUGUCUGGUGGAACUGAUAACCAUUUGGUCUUGGUGAAUUUAAAAAACAAGGGUAUUGAUGGUUCUAGAGUUGAGAAGGUUUUAGAAUUAGUUCACAUUGCAGCCAAUAAAAACACAGUUCCUGGAGAUGUCUCGGCAAUGGUGCCUGGUGGUAUUCGAAUGGGAACUCCUGCUCUCACAUCCAGGGGAUUCUCCGAGGAGGAUUUUGUUAAAGUUGCCGAGUUCUUUGAUGCUGCUGUGAAAUUGGCCUUGAAGAUAAAGGCUGAUACCAAAGGAACAAAGUUGAAGGAUUUCGUAUCAACAAUGAAGUCAGAUGCUCACAUGUCUGAGAUUGCAAAGCUCCGUCUGGAGGUCGAGGAUUAUGCUAAGCAAUUUCCCACAAUUGGUUUUGAGAAGGAGACCAUGAAAUAUAAGGGCUGAUAGAUCAUCUUUAUGAUGCAAAGGGAGUGGAAGCACCUCUAAGAUCUGGAAGUCUCUCUUACGGCAAUAUGGCAACGACAAUCUAUUAUACUCCCUGCGAGGAGAGAUCUUGACUGGACAUCCGAGGUAGAAUGCUGCAAAUAAUUGUCUGGAUUUGUGUCCCUGCCUUUUUUAUUCAUCAGAAAAGUAAGAAGAAGAAUAAGAAAAAGCAACCAGCGAAACUUGGUUUUUGUGUCGUUGCAGAUGUGUAAUUUCCUGAAUUUUAAUUGAUGCCAUGUAAUUUAUUUUCUUUUUGGAAUUACUUUUAGCAAACGUCUAUUGUAUCUGCAUCAUGAUAAUAAUGAAAAGUAACAUUGUCCGCUCA